GAGAGUGGAGCUCGUGCAAUAAUAAUAUCGAGAAUCACGCGGCAAUAAAGCUUUCUACGGAAGGAAAGGGCGGGAAGGAAGAUUUCCCCGAUGGCGUUUCCCAACGGUUAAACUCUCGACCCGAAAGACGAUUUCUCGAUACGUUGUGAAGAAUCGUCGCGAUUCGACCCUCUCGAUUCGACGAAUAUCGAUCAUCCUCCGUCCAUCCAUCAGUUUCCAUAAUACGAAUGCCGUCUCCUUCUCUCGUCGAUCCUCUCCCUCCAACUUUUCUAAGACAGAUCUAGGGGAGGGGAUAUCUCUCUGGUCAGGUUAGUCAACAAUGGAUCCCCAUCACGUGAUGGAUACGGAGAGGAUAAACGAAUAACACACUCGAUUCGAUGACAAUUUCCUUUCUGUCCUAGCGAAUUCGAUGCAUCGUAUAUUUCUCGUUCUUCGUUUUCGAAUUCUUUUUUUUUUUCUUUCGUGUACAUUUAUUUGUGUAUUUAUUCAGAAGAAUAAGAAGUAUAUAUAAAUUAUCGUACGAAGAUUCAUAACCUCGUAAUUGUUUGUUCGGAUGAAAUGUUGUUGAUUUAUAUUAAUAUUCUCGAUCCGUUGUGAUAAUUCCGUCGUGUCUUACUUAAUUUCCUUGUGAAAUAUAAUCAUAGGCUCGGGCUUUCGAUGAAUGGAAAUUUUUCAAAGUAUUGUUUCUCUCGAUUACAUCUCGACGCGUAUAUUGGAAUUUCCAAGACAACUUCAAUUACCAUAUGCAAUUAUUUGUUCUCAAAGAUAGCCUGGUAUAAUCGUUGCAGUCGCGCAAUUAUCGUAAUUAUUUUAAUUCCCUUGUUUAAAUCCUUUCUCAUUUCUGUGAUAAAUUAUCCCAUUAAAAUAAAAACAACGAUCUUGUCAGGCGAAUUUCGUUCAAAUGGUUUGCGAUUAAACAAAAAAAAAAAAAAAAGAAUCUUCGCGUAAUUGUCCUGGAUUAAACGAAUUAAACGAAUUGAACAAACGAACACGCCUAUUAAAACCUUAUGUAUCCACACAUUUACACACACAUAAAAAAAUGAAUGCCAUAAAAAAAAAGAGAAAAGAAAAAUCAGCGAGUCGAGCGAGAAAGCACUCUCUCAUCAACGCGAUUUGUCAAAUAACGGAUAACAAAUCCCUCGUCAUCAAUUUCAAACGUGUCCAACGAACGGGCCACGGCCAUAAAACGUAACCGGCCGACUGUAUUUUUACGCCUCGAGUUGUCGAGCAACGAUUCGAGAGAAAAACGAAAAAAAAAAAAAAGAUGAAAAAUGGAAACGAUAUCAAACAUUCGGUAACGAGCGAGUGAUAAUAUAUUCGCAUUCGUUCCACGAUCGACCACGCGUGUGUCGAGAGAAAGAGAGAGAGAGAGAGGUGUGCACACCGGAAACGGGUCACCUGUCCACCGUUUCCAGCUUCCGUGUCACCUCUGUCGAUGGAAGUUUCGCGUUUCUGGCCAACGUUUUACCGGCAGAACAGAGCAAUUAAUCCUGGACGAUUCUGUCGGUCGAGAUUAAUCCUUUUAUUUCAUUCGAAGGGGGGAAGGGAGAUCCAUGGCUCGUCAAUUUUUGCGAUUAAUGCAUUUUAAUGCAUCGAGCCUCCCAGCUGAACAUCCUAAAAUUCAUCGGUUUACGUGGAUAAUCGAAUAAAAAUGGAGCGUAAUAUGGUUCCUUGUUUAAGCAUGGAGUACAAGCUUCUUCUAAUUCUUCCAAUUUCGUGCUAUGCAAUUUUCGAUAUUUUCAAGUUAAGAAAAAUGAUCGAAAUAAUACAAUUGGAAGAAAAGUUAUACAAAUUUCAAUCUCUCGCGUCACUCAACUCCUAGGAAAAAACCCGAAGAGAAGCCAUCGCUCGAUAUCGAGGGAAAAGAAGAAGAAAAAACAUCCUCGUUCAAAAAAGAAAGAAGAAAGAAAUAACAAAAGAAAUCCGCCAAAGAAGAGGCUCGCGUAAGUAGAAGAAAAAGAAGAAGUAGAGGAAGAAUAAAGAGAGAAGUAGCAACUUGUAUCCAUGAACUUAGCACACACUCCAUAGAGUGGAGCAGCAGACUGCUUCCGGUAAUGAAACUCGACGUGAAGAGGAAGUUCGGGAAGAGAGAAGGGACGCGGCCAGCCAGCCAGCCAGCCAGCCAGGCACGCACGUGGGGACGUUGAACGGUCUAAGGGAUGCUGGAGGGGAUGCAGGAGGUUGAGGUCGCAUUGAUUUUGUCUAGACAGGGUGGAGACUAGCUGUGGUAUCGUCCUUCGCUCACCGUUGAUAUUCCGCCAUCCACGGGCUUGGUGCACGCACCUGCACUCCCGCUUCCCUUUUAUUCGCCCUUCUCACGAUCCCAACUCGUUUCCUUGCGCCAGAAACGGCACCAGUCUUUCCGCCCACGUGUUUCGGUAAACCGUUGUUGUAUUUGAAUCUCGAAUUCGAGUCUCUUCUCUCGAAUCAUUUUGGUUUGAAUUUUGCUUCCGUUUUCCCCUCUCCCUUUCUUCUCUUUUCUCCUUUCUUAACGCAAGUAAGUUUCUUUUCUUCUUUCUCCAGAUCGGAUGUUGUUGUAAGGAGUUGAGAGAGUUGAGAGCACGUGAGAGGUGAAGUCGCGCGGGAGUGUGAUUCGCGUGCAAGUGAAAGGGUUUUUCUCGCGGUUUCGCUCGGUGGAAGAUAGCAUCUUUGAAAAAGUGGCGUGGAAGGAGGUGUGAGAGGAUCUCGAUGGCUGGAUUUGGCUGGAUCAUGGAUCCGAUGGAGUUUCUGGACGCGUUCCGGGACCCCCUCGACUCCAAUAAUGCCAGGGGGGACACCUGGGACCCCAUCUUCUAAAACCAAGGACAAGAUAAUGAUGAGAACAAAGGUCGUAGUAGCUCUGUAUCCUUUUCGAGCGAUUGAGGGUGGCGAUUUAUCCCUCGAAAAGGGAGCAGAGUACGAAGUGCUAGAUGAUUCUCAGGAACAUUGGUGGAAAGUCAAAGAUGAACAUGGAUCCAUUGGUUAUAUUCCGAGCAAUUAUGUCAAAGAAAAAGAACUCCUGGGCCUUCAAAAAUAUGAAUGGUAUGUGGGUGAUAUGUCUAGACAACGUGCGGAAUCAUUGCUUAAACAAGAAGAUAAAGAAGGAUGCUUUGUUGUACGUAAUUCGUCUACCAAAGGACUGUACACGCUUUCCCUCUAUACGAAAGUCCCACAUCCUCAUGUGAAACAUUAUCACAUCAAGCAAAAUACCAGAGGAGAAUUUUAUCUAUCUGAGAAACAUUGCUGUGGUUCAAUACCCGACUUGGUUAAUUAUCACAGACAUAAUAGUGGUGGAUUAGCUAGUCGACUGAAAACUAGCCCUUGUGAUCGCCCUGUACCACCAACUGCUGGUCUCAGUCAUGACAAAUGGGAAAUUGAUCCAGCAGAAUUGCAUUUAUUAGAAGAACUUGGUUCUGGACAAUUUGGAGUAGUGCGAAGAGGAAAAUGGCGUGGAUCUAUAGACGUUGCUGUAAAAAUGAUGAAAGAAGGCACAAUGUCUGAAGAUGAUUUUAUAGAAGAAGCUAAAGUGAUGACGAAACUUCAACAUCAGAAUUUGGUUCAAUUAUAUGGUGUUUGCAGUAAAGAUAGACCAAUAUACAUUGUUACCGAAUACAUGCGACAUGGAUCUUUGCUCAACUACCUCCGUCGUAAUGAAGCAACUCUAGGAGCAAAUGUUGGUCUUCUUUUAGAUAUGUGCAUACAAGUUUGCAAAGGCAUGGCUUAUCUGGAAAGGCAUAACUAUAUUCAUAGAGAUCUUGCUGCACGCAAUUGUUUAGUUGGUUCAGAAAAUGUAGUAAAAGUUGCAGAUUUUGGAUUGGCAAGGUAUGUAUUGGAUGAUCAAUAUACUAGUAGUGGAGGCACCAAAUUUCCAAUCAAAUGGGCACCUCCAGAAGUGUUGAACUACACUCGCUUCAGCUCAAAAUCAGAUGUCUGGGCUUAUGGAGUACUCAUGUGGGAAGUAUUUACGUGCGGAAAAAUGCCUUAUGGACGUCUAAAAAACACUGAAGUCGUGGAAAGAGUGCAACGAGGUAUUAUAUUAGAAAGACCUAAAGCCUGCUUCAAAGAAGUCUAUGAGGUAAUGCGAAAAUGUUGGGCUCAUUGCCCAGAAGUACGACCCUCUUUUCGCGUGCUGAAGGAACAGCUAAUAAGCGUGUCUCAAGGUCUGCUCAAUGAUUGACUCAACCUUCUACGGUGUAUGCGCCUAUCGUCGCCUUCGAAUCGAUCAAUACAGGCGGCAAAAUCUCCAUCUCUUGAGCGAUCUCCCUCGAUAUUACCAUCUUCUAAUUCGUCGUCAUCUUAUAAUUCAGCAACAUUACCGUCAUCGCGUAAAACACGUGCACCCGCCUCUUUACCGCCCUCGGUCGAUUUUCUACAUCUCUCGUCAUCCACGUGCAAAACGAAGAAAGAAGGGUCAUCUUCACCGAGUACACCUGGCCACCAACCUAGUCAACCAUCAUCAAGCUCGUCAAACGUCUGUGACAUUUGCAGUUCCUACGGACACCCGUGGAUUGAAAUUUGCAAGGCGAUACGAGCCACUAAAGGCAAAUAAAAAGUUGUGUGUGUGUCUCAAAAGUAUGUGUGUCGAUUUCAACGAUUGUAUUAACGCAAGCUUACAAAACAGCAGAAGAGAAAAACCGAACAAAAAAAAAUUAAUAUUAACACGACAUUAUUUGAUCCUGCAUUAUUGCAAAACUCUUCCACUAUCCUAUAUUAUCCCUUAUCUCUAUCCUUUUACUAUUCUUUAUCUCUUUCCUAUCUAAUUAAUCCUAACUUCCUGAGAUCUUUAUUAUAGAUAUUUUAGAUGUUUUUUUCUCAAUGAACAAAAAAAAUGAUCCGAGUGCGUGAUAUUAUUAUGUAUUUCUCGGAUAUUAGGUUUUUCAAUCAUUCUUUCAAUUCCUAACUAUUCCCUCGUCCACCAUGAGUUUCAGAGUAUCUGUUCCAUGCAACGAUACGAAUGCAUUUACAAAUAGAACAGUAGUAUUUAUUAAUUAUCCUUUAAACAGGAUAUAAUAGUAAGUUGUGAUUUUUCUGUAGACAUGUACUGUCCUUUUGUUAUCAACUUUUUAACAAGAACAGUAAACGUAACUUCACAAAUGAGAAACAUUAUUUCUGCUUGAUAAGUGAAUUUAAUAAAUGAAUGUCUCACUUGUGUAUUAUAUAUUAUGACAAUUUAAUAAAAUAGAAUAAAGAAAAAUAAAACA